AUGAGCACAAACCAAAGUUUUACCAUCGCAUUCAAGCUUGAAAUAAUUUCAUAUACAAAAACUACCUCUAAUUGUAAAGCUUUUUUGUAUUAUAAUAUUAAUAGAAAAUGUGUUCAAGAGUGGCGCAAGCAGAAAGAAGAGUUUGAAAAGAUUAAAAAUAGUAAAGGUUUAAACAUAGAACAACCUACAUUGGAAAAGGAACUCUUGGAAUAUAUUAAAAAGAGAAAAGAAGAAAAAGGUGUAGUGACAACAUCAAUGAUCAUAAAAAAAGCUAAAAGUUUGGGUAAAGUCAUGAAUAUUACAGAUACAAAGUUUUCACAUAGUUGGGCAGAAUGUUUCAAGCAACAACAUAAAUUAGUAAAACGUGUCUGGACUCAAAUAGCACAGAAAAUCCCUGAAGAUCUGCCUUUAAUCAUUAAAGAUUUUUUUAAAACCUCUUGUGAAAAAAUGCACACCAUUGAAAAAAAAUUUAUUAUAUCCUUUGAUGAAACUCCCAUGUGGUUUGACAUGCUACAGAAUUCAACAAUUAAUUUUAAAGAUACUUCAGCUGUGCCAUCUGGUACUAUUACUGAAGAUUUAAUGAUUUUUACAUACAUUUUACAAGCCGUUAGAGCCAGGCCAAAUGGAUUCUUUAAAAGCAAAAGUAUUAUCUUUGUUGAUACAUAUUGUAGUUAUAAUUGUGGUGAUGUAAUUAAAGCUUUGAAUGCAAAAGGCAUCUGGAUACUUGAUUCUGAUAGUAGUGAAGAUGAUAAAAUGUCGCAAUGCCUCCAAACUAUUGUCAAAAACCAUCUGAACGAAUUGUUAAUUGAAAACACAUAUCUUGGAGAAAAGCUAAAUUAUGAUAAUAGUGAGCCGGAUAAUGAGUUAGGUAAUGAUGGGCCAGAUUAUUAUGAGUUGGAUAAUACUAAGCCAGAUAAUAGUAAGCUGAAUGAUAAAGUGAAUGAUGAGCUGGGAGAUAUUGAACCAGAUUAUUAUGAUGAAAAUUUUGUAGACCUAGAUAGUUAUGAAGAAAUACAGAAUAAAGUAAUAGAAAUUGAUUAA